GGUGUACGCACGUCUUUUGCGUCUUCGGAGGCCUGUAGGGGUGGUACGGACAACGGAAAUACGCAAGAGUCCGCCCAAACAGUGAAAAGAGGUUGCUUGUGUAAGAAGUCAAGUCACAUACUGCCAUAGUUCAAAUAUCUGAGUAUAGCGGCGUUUUUUAUUCUGGUAGUGACCCCUUUGUGAAUGCCUGGCCUAUUACUCGCGACCCCAAUUGCACGCAUACGAUAUAUCCUGUAGGUAGAUUAUCCUGGGCAUAUAUUUUCCAACUGCAUAUCACAAGGACAUUGACACGCUUGCAACCUGACAGUUUACAAGAAUAUUCCCCGGAAAGCAGUCUUCUGAGAGAAUUUAAGACGGAUAAUCCCAUAUCCUAUACGAUCAUGCCAAAAUACUACUGUGAUUACUGCAAAUCAUAUCUUACUCACGACUCUAUGAGUGUGAGAAAGUCACAUUUGAUCGGUAAGAACCAUAUCAAGUAUUACUGUGACUACUACGAAGAGCAGGCCAAAAAGUUGGGCAUCUGGGAACCAAACGAGUUGGCGUACGAAAUCAAUCUAAGCACGUUAAACCAGGGCGCGCCCGGUACGAUACCAGAGGCUCGCGAUGACGAGAUUGCGGGUUUCAACGAAAACUCCCAAGACGAAGAGAAAGAGGUUUUGGAUGGUAGUUACCGGAUGAAGAAAGAGUUUUCCUUGCCGCCACCGCCGGCCUUACAGACCUUCCCACAUCCACCGCCAUCGGUGUUCUACAUUAAGCAAGAAUACAAAAAGAGUAUUCUCAAAGUCAUUACCCAAUAACUGAGGGGGUAAUCUUAUGAACCACAUCAUGGCAGGAGGAUGCCCGGAGGGGUGCCACACAUUACCAGUCGAGCGGCAUCGGGUUCUCCCAGUUUUAGCUGGCGUGCCUCCUGUCGCAGGCUAUAUACAGCAUAGCUUUUUCGGGUGAUAGUCACACUAGUAUAGCCAUACUAAAGUGUGCACUACGAUACUCCAGUGUCUUCCAGCGUCCCAAUCAACUUGCGCUUGGUGCUUUUACAUCAGUCCCCAAAUCCCCACCACUGGAUAGUAGGCUUAAUCUAUGCUCUAUAAAAAAAGAAUACGUAGUACUCUAUGUUGGAUAUAUCGAGGGCCUGACCUAGUUUUGUCAUACACG